UCCGUCUUUGUCGCUCUCGCGUUGGCUCGCGCGCGAGGAGCGUCGACCUGUUUCGCAGCUACUCCGAACUACUGGAUAAGUGCAUUUUCCGCGCGCGACUGGGACGCCCUCGGCGCUGCGACGUCACGAAUUCGCACGCACCAUCUCGCAGCAGCAGCACAUCAUACACACACUUACCUACAGCGCUAAAGUUCGGCUGAGCCGAUGUUGUGUUACGCCGUGCACCUGCGAAUGGCAGCCAGGCGUUUUUAGCCCAGGGAUACUUACACAGGCAUACGCGCGCACACACCUACGCUUCGGCGGCUCGAGUGCUGUUCAUUUCCUAGUUGCUGUGACUGCUGCCCGUCGCUUCGCUACCUGUCAACUCGACUGUGUAACGUCCGAUGAUUGCAGCUGCAUCAUCGCCCGACCGCAUGAAAAAGUCUCGUCAACAACGAGUGUCUGUGAUUGCUCGUAGGGACUAAAUACCUAAGAGGGCUUUUUAUGUAAGGACUUUCAAGAAAACAGCAGCUAAAAUGACUUUGAAUACUGAUAUAUCGACCGCUCUUCAUUUGCUAGAGCAUGUUUCAAAAAGAGUGGAGGACUGCGAUGAUCCAAAAUUGCAGUUACAUACAAGUCAGGAUCUCCAAUCGCUCAUAUCGCUUUUGGAAGAUCCUGUGUUUCGAAGCAUUGUUACAAUUCAAGAUUCUUUGGAAGAAUUAAAUUCUCAGCUUGGACAGCAUCCAUCUAUUUUACCGGGUGACUUUGAUAUUAAUCUAGGAGGGCAGCUAGAGCUUUCAGUUCCUACUACUCCUGUUCAACCAGUCGGACAAGCAAUGUAUCAAAAUUUGUAUCAAGAUUCGAGUGAAGUUGAAGAUCAAAGAGUUCCAGUUGCUCCUUUACUGCACAGCAGUAGCGAAGAGACAAAUGCUCCGGUAACAAGUCCUAACUUAACGUCUGAAGUGAUAGGAAUGCCACCUAUCAUGACUCCAACAUAUGCAAAAGAGUUCCAGAAAGUUAUAGAAACAGCAGCUAAAGGACGUCAAAUUGUCACUGUUCAGCUUUUCAAAUCAGAAGGUAUGAGUUUAGGAUUCAGUGUUGUUGGUUUGAGGAAUAAAGAAAGAGAUGAAUUAGGAAUAUUUUUACAAGAGAUUCAACCAAAUGGUAUAGCUGGAAGCGAUGGCCGACUUCUAGAGGGUGACCAGAUAUUGGCUAUAGAUGGACAGCCCUUGGAUUCGAAUAUCUCCCAUGAGCAGGCGAUAUCCAUCCUCCAGAAGGCUCGGGGUUUAGUGGAGUUGAUCGUUGCAAGAAGCGCCCAAGACAUUGGGAGCUCUCUGGCGCCGGAUGAGUUGUCCGGGGUAUCGACCGGUGCAGCGGCAGCCUUACACGCUGGGUCAUCAACAGCCACAGCGGUAUCAUCGGCAGCAACAGCCAUCGGCGGCCAACAGGUAUCAGCAGCAGCAGGAUCAGCGACGGCACAGGCGAUUGUCAGCGGUGCUGAGAAACAAGAGUCCGUGGCCAAGACGUCGGUGGUGGCCAGCGGAACAGCGGCAGCAGCUACGACAAACGCACCAAAAGCAACACAGGCUGUUGAAAGGAGUAACUCGGCAGUCAGCGACACAUCCAAGAGUGGGGAAAUGGUGCUACAAACCGAAUACUCGCAAGUAGAAAUAAUCAAUCUGGUGAACGAUGGAAGCGGUCUUGGCUUCGGCAUCGUCGGCGGCAAAAGUACCGGAGUCGUCGUCAAGACGAUACUGCCCGGCGGAGUGGCCGAUCGCGACAAUCGAUUGCAAAGCGGCGAUCACAUGCUGCAGAUCGGCGACGUCAACUUGCGCGGCAUGGCGAGCGAGCAGGUCGCCCAGGUGCUGCGCCAGUCCGGCACGCACGUGCGACUCGUCGUCGCUCGCCCGGUCGAACCCAUAACUCCUGAAUACGUGCAAUUUUGUCUUCAUGGACAGGUUUACGGUACAAAUGUACCCAUCGUGCCGACCAAAGUCAUCGGCGAUCCGGAGGAGCUGGACAGACACCUCAUGCAGCUCGGCGCCGAGACGACCGCCAUACGCCGACAGGAGUACGACGGCAACAAUGUCUUUUCUACCGAGAGCGAGAUCGAGACGGCGCUUACACCGGUCCGAUCGAGCGUCAUCAUGGAUUCGGCAAGAACAACAGCGGCAGCGGGAGGCACCGCGAGGGCCAUCGAGAACUUGCCGGUCAUCUCGAUGGAUACGUCGAUCGAUGUCAACGCCUUGCCGGAGAUGGAACGUUUCACCGUCGAGCUUCAAAAGGAUAGCUGCGGACUCGGCAUCACCAUCGCCGGAUACGUCUGCGAAAAAGAGGAACUGUCGGGUAUAUUCGUCAAGAGUAUAAGCGAGGGCAGCGCCGCCGAUUUGAGCAAGAAAAUCCAGAUCAACGACCGCAUUGUAGAGGUAAACGGUCACUCGCUUCAGGGCUAUUCGAAUCAUGAGGCGGUGGAGGUACUGCGCAGCACCAAACAGACGGUUUUAUUGUGUCUGGAACGGUAUUUGCGCGGGCCCAAGUACGAGCAGCUCCAGCAGGCCAUCGCAGCUAGCGAACUGAGAGCACCGCCGCCGGGCUCGCCUUCCAUCGCCAGCUUGCCCAGUUUUCCAAUCAGCGCAGACGGCGAGACGACGGAAAUCGAGCCGGAAGGUGAAUCGCACACGACCGUGGACAGCACGAUACUACAAGAAAUUGACAAGGAUGCCGCGGCAGAAAAGUCAGACGACAUCGCCAAGCUCGAAGCUCAGCUCACUAAACCAUCGAGCGAGUUAACUCCGAACAUCGAGGAAGCGAUCAAAUCUAAAUGGACGAAAAUAGUCGGUGAUGGCAUCGAGAUUGUUGUUGCGCAGUUGAAGAAAUUUACCGAGGAAAGUGGCCUCGGCAUUAGUUUGGAAGGAACAGUCGACGUUGAGAAUGGCCGCGAAGUCAGACCGCAUCAUUACAUUCGUUCGAUAUUACCCGAGGGUCCAGUCGGUAAGAACGGCGUUUUAAGAUCAGGAGACGAGUUAUUAGAGGUAAAUGGAUAUCGUUUGCUUGGUAUAAAUCACAUGGAGGUAGUCGCGGUACUUAAAAAACUGCCAAUUCACGUCCGAAUGGUUUGCGGACGAAGCUCCUCUCAAGAUCAACUUUGUCCAAUUGAUACCGGUUCCUGUCAAGCCGCCUUCCAAACAAGGAGUAUACUUGGUGGUUCUCUUCAAAAUUUACUGCCGACGUCAGAUCGUUUAGUAAAAGCUAAAUCAGAUGGUUCCUUGGCGUCUACUACGACAACAGCUACAGUGACUGAUGCUAGUCUAAAUAAAAUGAAGUCACGCUCAUUAGAACCGUUGACUGGAUUAGCAAUGUGGAGCUCCGAGCCACAGAUUAUCGAACUAGUGAAAGGAGAGAGAGGCCUUGGGUUCUCUAUUUUGGAUUAUCAGGAUCCAAUGAACCCCAAUGAGACUGUGAUAGUUAUAAGAUCCCUCGUACCGGGUGGUGUAGCACAGGUAGACGGUCAACUAAUACCAGGUGAUCGACUUCUCUUCGUCAACGACAUAGCCCUUGAAAAUGCUACUUUAGACCAAGCAGUUCAAGCACUCAAGGGUGCUCCAAAAGGUGUCGUGCGCAUCGGUGUAGCCAAGCCUCUACCCAUACCCGAUAGCAUUGCACAGCGCUUGGCUACAAUGUGCAUGGUCAAACGCAGCAAAAGUCUGCCGGACAGCGACGCCACGGAACAUGCGGCUGAAAUUGAUGACUUUAUCGCUACACGUGAAGGAGGAACGGCUACCACGACUACAUCGAGCGUCGAUCAAUUAACCACUGUGGCCACUGCCGCGAUGAGUAGCCAAGUUGCCGCCGCUGCGGCCAAAGACAAACGAAAAGAGCCGCAUUCCUCGUUGAUCAAGUUAGUGCCCUUUUCCGAGCGAGAGAGAAGGGCAUUGCUGAGUCGAGCACCGGAGCAACAGCAGCGGCAUCGAAAGGAGGAUGUGGAGGUGGAGGACAACGACGAAGCCGCUGAAGAGACUCCGCUGUUGCUGAUGCCGAGGCGGGCGAGUAGCGGGGCUGCCGCUGCGGUCGUCCGCACGCCCGAGGAAGCCCGCAGUCAGGGUUUGCUGCUGGAAGCAGCCGUGCGAGAGGCGCUGAAACGCCGCAUGAGCACACCUGAUGCUCGUCAGCAGCAGCAACAGCAGCAGCAUGACGUUCGUCGACGCAGCCUCCGCCACAUGGAGAGCAUGGAGCGGGUCGCGCGUUAUCUCGAGCAUCCCCCGAAUGCAGCCGAGGCUUCUGCUCGAGCGAGCGAGAGCAUACCGCGGACCUUCGAAAGCCUACUCGUCGGCUCGACCGCGGCUGCUGCGGCUCCCGAGGAGGUCAGUCCCGAAGACGACGUCGAGGACGAGGCCAGCGAGACUACGCCCCUCGUCGAGCAGAGAGAGCCGAUCUAUCUAAUCGUCGAAAAACCUGACGAGCAGGCGACCAAGAGGAGAAGCUCGCUCAGGAGGCGACGCGAAGAUCCUGCUGAAUCCGUCGUUAAGGAUCCACAGGACGAAUACGUCGUGGUGCCGAUUGAAACCACGAAAAAAACCGUUCGCAUUUGCUCGGUCGAAGAGGAGAUCCGCAUAGAGAGCUUUGAUUCGGCCGACAUGCAGGAUUCAUUCCUCGGAGCGACGGAGCUGAAGGAAGUUAGUCCCGUUGGCGAACUGCCCGAGCUUCAGCUGGUCACGGCGAAAAUCCUCAGUCAAGAGGAGGCAGCGACGACUGUGCUGGCCAAACGCGAGGACGCCAAGAAAGCCGCCCCUCGAGAGCAAGACAAACGACUGCGGGAGGAACGAGCGGCGGACUCGAGCGAUCGUUUGCAAGCUGCCGGCGCAACGUCGACGCCGCCUUCCACGUCCACGGCGACGUCGGCCACGGCUGCGACGACGCUAAAGCCGAGCGCGUCGGAAACCGCCCUGACUCUGCGCAGCGACGACAACAAGGUGUCGGAGAAGAACAUCAAGCCCGAGAUCUUGAUGGAUCUGUCGCGCGUGAACGAGGAGGCCGACGACGGGCCGCGACCGCUCGACCGUGAGUUCGCCGACGCCAAGCCCAAGAGGAAAUUGAGUCGCGUCAGUAGCGACAGCGCGUGUCGCAUAACGAGCCACGAGCAGCAGCAGCCGCUGCCCCGAGUGAAGUUUCACAUCGGCGAGGAGAGCGAGCAAACUUUGUUAUUAGCCGCGCCGAGGAGUGAUCGUGCUCUCGACACCGGCCUUGAUUCGCGCGAGCUCGGUCACGUCGUCGGUGUGACGGGCGAGAGUAUCCCGACGUCGGAUGAUAAAGUGCCAAAAGCGAGCCAAGACGUCUCGAAAAGUUUGGCCGCCGUUGAUACUGGGAUACAAUCGUCGACGAGCGAAAGCUCGACACCGGCUUCGACAGCCCUACUUGCCACUGCAGCCGUCGAUCAGCAGCAGCAGCAGCUCGGCCCGAGCGAUAGCGAUAAGGUCGCCUCGGCCUCUUCCGAGUACAACGAUCGAGCUUGCGCCGAGAGCGUCUGCCUAAUCAGCCGGGAACACUCGCUCAGGUAUCAGCGACAGACUCUCGAAAGUCCAGCUUCGCUCGAGGAUCUUCUCGCUACUACAGAAGCUAGCAGUCCUGUACCAGUAGAGGAGCUCGAAGCCGCGACUCUCGAUUACUCGUCGACGCAAAGCCUCCUGAGCACUUCUCUCAAGUCUAUCGGCAGUCCGAAGCGCGAAGUCGAGACCCAAACUCAGGGAGAACAAAAGUCCACGCAAUACGAGCUCGAGGACUUGGCGGAGUACGUCGGCGACGCCUGGGAUCGCAGCAGAUCGGAUUCGCGCGAGCAGCUCGAGUGUCUGCUCGACGCUCAUUUCGGAAGUCCGAGGCGCGAGGCCGACACCCAGACCGAGCUCGAGUCCAAGGCCUCGCAGUGCGUCGACGAGGAUCUCGCGGCCUCCGGCGAGUUCGGCCCGUUCCGACGAAGACAGGCGUCUUGCGGUAGCCCGAGAAAGGAGGCUCAGGUGCAGACUGGACAGGAGCACAAGAGCACCCAGUGCUACUUGCUGCGAAAUUCCAAGGAAGGUCGAGCUCUUGACGUUGCUGGAAGAGUCAUCGAAUGCUCGGCAUCUUCGGUGGAGAGCUCAUCGCCGACCGGUAGUGGAUCGUCGCCACCUCGUCCGCCGAAAGGCGCAGAAGCUUCCCCGCCGUCGCCGCCCCUGAUAGUUUUGGUGAAGAGCGGCGGCACCGUCGACAUGACGGUCACCCAUCGCGACAAGGACGGCAACGUCGUCUGGGCCAAGCACUGGGGCCCGGAGCGACUCGUCGAGAUCUAUCGCGAUCAUCAGACGAGCCUCGGACUCAGUAUCGUCGGCGGAAAAGUUGAUUUACAGGACAGCUCGAGCCAUGGCCAAAAUGUAUCUGGAAUAUUCAUCAAAAAUGUCAUUCCCAACAGUCCAGCCGGCAGAACCGGGGGUUUACAGACCGGCGACAGGAUAAUCGAAGUGGAUGGCGUGGACUUACGAAACAGUACGCACGAGCGAGCUGUCAAAGCGAUUCAAGCUGCUGGAAAUCCUGUGCGCUUACUGGUUCAGUCCCUGGUGCACUUGAGUCCGGAUAACGAGGAUGGCUCGAGAGGAGGAGCGCGUGGUCAACGCGCGUCGCCGAGCUCGUCGAUCAGACGCAGACACAGUCCGUCUAACAGGUCGCCGGAACUGAUACAGGACGGAAGGUCGAAAGGCUCCGAAGGACCGUCAGAUGGUGCUGGUCCCAGUGGACGAAGGUCAUCGAUGAAAAAAUCGAUCCGCAAGAGAGCACCUUCGCCACCGGCAACCGGAGGUAAACAGUACAGCCAAGAUGACGACGAGCCCAAGGCGAAAACGUCCGCGUCCGGGGGAGCCACCCCGGCCCCGGCGUCCGAUAAGAAAAAAUACUCAUCCGGCGAAAGCUCCGAGGAGGAAGAGGAGGACACUCGAGAUCUCGAGGGCAACGUCUACACGAAAAGUGGCGUUGAGAUUUCUCGAAGGAGUGCCGGCAACGUUAAAAGGACCAAAGAGGAAAUAGCUGCCGAUCCAGAACAAGAGGACGAAUUCGGCUAUACAAAAAAAAAAAUACAAAAGAAAUACGCGAAUCUGAAAAAGCCCAUUCACUUUGUGGUCUUGGAAAAAGAUCGACGAGGAUUAGGAAUUUCUCUGGCCGGACACAAGGAUCGUAAUAAAAUGGCCGUUUUCAUCUGCGGCAUCAACCCAAACGGUGUCGCGGCCAAGCAAGGAGAGCUGCAAGUAGGAGACGAACUGUUGGAGGUAAACGGAGCCGUGUUUCAAGGCAGAUGUCACUUGAACGCCUCUUCGAUGAUCAAAGGAAUGGGCGUAACGACUUACAAGAUCAUCGUCAUACGAAGGAACAACGCGAUCGAGAACUGCGCCGUCAAGCAGGUCACGCAAUUCCCAACUGCGCUCGCUGGAGAGGAUUACAGCCAUCUCAAAGGCGUCCAUCCCGUGCCAAUAAAGAAGGGCACCUACGGACUGGGAAUAAUGAUAAUCGAAGGUAAACACGCCGAAGUCGGACAGGGUAUAUUCGUUUCUGACAUUCAAGUUGGCAGUGCGGCUGAAUUAGCUGGUUUAAACGUCGGAGAUAUGAUACUUUCCGUCAAUGCCGACACCGUUAUGGGAGCCACGUACGACGAGGCCACUGCGCUACUGAAAAAAGCAGAGGGAAUUGUCGUGCUCACAGUAUGUAAUCCUAAUCAGAGCAAAGUUGCCGAAGAAGAAGAACGAAGGGCCAGAGGAGAAGUCGUGGAGUCGGGCAAAGACGACAAGAAAAAGGACGAAAAGCCAAAAGAUGAGCCACCGGGUGAUCCGAAAGAUUGCAAGAUUAGAAUGAACAAAGACACGACGAUCGAAUUCCCCAAAGAUAAAGAUAAGCCGAUCGGGUUCUACGUGGUCGGAGGCACCGACACGCCAUCCAACGGAGUCUUCGUACUCGAUGUACUGCCAGAUGGUGCUGCUGGUAAAGACGGUCGCCUACAGCCCGGCGACCGUAUCGUCGACAUCAACAAGGAGCCCUUCAAAGCCAUGGACUCGGAAAAAGCUUAUCAGACCGUUUUGAGAAUAACGCAGGGACCCAUAAUCAUGAUAGUUCAUCGGGACGAGAAGGCAGUCGAGGAGUUCGAAGUGGAGUUGACAAAGAAAUCAGGAAAAGGAUCCGGUCUUUGUCUGACGGGCUACAAGAGCGGCAAAGGCGCUUACGUCUCCGAAGUGGUGGCAGGCGGCAGCGCAGCGGAAAGCGGCAAGAUCGUGAAGGGCGACAGAAUAGUCGCCGUCGGUGGGCAAGAUCUGCGCGACGCACCGGUCGAGGAUAUCGCACUCCACGUGAAAGUCUCGAAUCCGGUGCAAUUGAAGCUCGCCAGAUACAAGAACAAGUGACAGGGUUCUGCAGGCAGAACUACGAUGAAUACCCAUCCCAACCUUUACGCGACUCCAUCAGCUGCAUAAAACCAGCAAAAGGACUCUAGUGUGAUAUGAAAACUACAAUUUAACCUAGGAUUAUAAAUAGUCUAUAAUAACAAAAAAAGGAAAAAAAAUAACCAUGAAUAAAAAAAAAAUCAUAAGAAAGGUUAUCAAAAAAUUCAA